AAGUAAAAUCCAGGAGUAGCCAGAAACGUCUGUAUCCAUGGACAAAAAUGAGAGCGCGUGAUCCCAAAGCGCGUGCGGAUGUGGUUGGACAGGAGUUCCUGGAGUGUUAACUUUGUCAUACAGCCGUUUAAUCAAUAACUCCAUUCGCAUGGUGGUGAAUUAACACACGGCAGGACAAUUUCAACACUUUUGUCGCCAAAAAUAACCUGUUUUAAUUCUUGUAUUAAGGAAUAUAUUUGAUUGUCGAAGUUUUCUGGGUUUUAACUAACUUUCCUCUGGGAUAUAACUUGCUAAGAUUCCAGUGUUUCUAUUUCCAAUAUGAGUAACAGAGAUGACGCCGUGUUGUCCAUCGACACGUGUUUGGAUUGCUUUGAGGUCUUUGAAACUCCUAUGGGUACCACCAUGUUCCCUAUGUAUAGUGGAAACGUUUCCGGCCGGCAAAACAACGUUACCAAUCCAUUCAAACCGGUCGACCAUGCCAGUUCAUCAGCGACAUUAGUCAUUCUCUCGUUCUUAUUUUUUCUAAUAGGGAUUACUGGCAUUUGUGGUAACGCUCUAGUCGUUUGUGCUGUAGUGCUUAACAGAAAAAUGCGCACAUCUAUGACAAACUUACUAAUAACUAAUCUGGCGUUUGCGGAUCUGGUUAUAAUGAUCUUAGGAAUUCCAGAGACUGUCCAGUUCAUGAGGAACAAAGGAUGGACUUUACAGGCUGUGAGCUGUAAGGUCAAUCGUUACGUCAUGGUGGCCGCUCUAUACGGGUCCGUCCUCACACUGAUGGCCCUCUGUGUAGAAAGAUACGUCGCCAUUAUCCAUCCAAUCAAAGCACACAUCGUUUGUAACAAGCGACGCAUCGUUGUGAUUCUGGGAUGUAUAUGGCCGUGCGCAUGGGCAGCGGCACUUCCGACACUGAUAUUCAACGAGGUUAGAAAAGGACAUCCAAGUAUACCACUUGUAUACUGCAUGAUGAUUUUUCCGGAUAACCAUUUAUUAUACUUCCAAAUGUUUAAAUAUAUAGAGUCGUUAUUAUUUUACUUCUUGCCGUUGUUCAUACAAAUAGUGCUAUACGCAUUUAUCACAAGACACCUAUUCCUGGGAUCAGACCGACUUCAUCGGAGAGUGACAGUUCGCCAGGUGGACGGCUCUUCCAUGGGAAGGUUCUCGGAGGCGCUUCAAGCUCGUAGAGGUGUCGUCAAAAUGUUGAUGUUGAGUGUCGUUGUUUAUUUCAUCAGUUAUUCCCCAAAUCAGAUAUUACUCAUCAGCAACAUUGUUUCUCCGACGACGUUUCACGAAAACUUUUCAUUUCAAGUUUUUACAAUGAUUGUAGCGAAUCUGAACUCCGCUGCCAAUCCUGUUUUGUAUAGCAUAUUUAGUCAGAAUUUUAGACAGUUUUUCCGGCAUGUGAUGUGUGGAUUAUGUAAGAGGCAACCAAAGCCGAAACCCCGGCGUCAAUUGACGCUAACGUCAAAUGGGUCGAGAUUGUGGAGACACACGAGUAUGGCCUCGGCCGUAUCGACAGAGGUAUGAACGCUAGGGGGUGUUUGUUAUAUAGUGUGAGCAACAAAACCUACAAGUGAUAUGCUUUUGAAUGCAAACCCCGCGUGUGUCGCCAUCACCAGGAAGAGCUGCGUGAUAGUAACAUCUGAUUCAUCCGACACCGAAUUAACGAAAUCCAGAAUAAUUAUCAUAUUGUUCCAGAGAACAAACUGCAUCACCAUGACGAUAUGCUGGAAUGUAGCGUCCUCGUCUGAAGCCGGAUAUUAUUGUAAUUGAAAUCAACAUUUUACGGAUUGUUGUUAUAAUUAAUAUAUCAAUUCCAAUAUGUGAUGAUAAAAUGUCAUGUGACAAGCACACACCACUUAGAAAUCUGAAAACUAUCUUUGAUUAUGAUUUUCCAAUUAAUUACUUUCACACUGUGUUUAAACCAAGACGGUUGUGACUGUAUCAGGGAUGUGUGCUGGUUGUCAUAGCGGUAAAAUACCUGGAUGUUCGUCGUGCUGUUUAAUACCACGGCGUCUGGACAUAUUUUUACGUCAAAUCAACAUAUUUUGUCUAUAUUGGUUUUACAUAUUUCAACUUACCAUUAAUAAAAAAAAUCUAUAUUUACA